AUGACAACAGAGAGGCUGUAUACAGCUCAAAGCUCACAGCACUGUUGUGUGAAUAAUGAAGAGUAUCAGGACAGAGGCAGGGGACCACCCGCCUCCUGGGACUGGAUCUACGUGGCAACAGCUCGGGCCCGCUCGCCCCCACAAGGGGCGGUGGUGCUGGGGACCUUCCCUCAGGUGCCGACCCCCAGCUGCGCCGCCGGUAACCCAGAGGCCAGGCUAGCCACCUCCGCCCCCACUUGGCACUCCACGGCGGAAGUGGCAGCCCGAGCGGUUGGCGGGUGUCGGAAGAAGAGGGCGGGGGGACACCGUGCGCAGCGGCCUGUGGCCGUGGAGUGGCGGGACCGCCGGGGGUCUCACCUGAAGCAGGGAGGGUCCUCCAACACCAGCACGCGGCAAGAGCAAGAUGGCUGCCUCAGUCAAGACAGAGAAAGACGACGGCGGCGGCGGGAGCGGGGUCCACGUGACAUAGCCGGCCCUCACCAGAGCAGCCUAUCCCGGGAGAGCAUCAGCGAACUACAAAGCCCAGUCUGCUCUGUGCCUCCCAAUAGAAAGGCGGCAGGGACAAGUGGCCGCGCGGCAUUCUGGAGCUUGCAGUCUCCGGAGCGUUCAAUUGUGUCGGUGCCUCCAACAUGUAGGGAGCCUAAUAAAAGGGCGGUGUGUAUUUUUGUUUGGGCGUGUACUCUGUCAGUUGUCUUUCACUAGGCAUUAAGUGAGCACUGUCGGAGUCAACUAGUGCGACACAAUUAAUCUCCACUCAG